AUGCAUUCAAAAUCAAACUGGCAUUCCUUCCCAUCAGCUGGCGAACGAGCUACUCUGCCCAGCAAACAUAGACGACAUUUUUUGUCUUUGAAAAACUACAAGUUCAACGAAAAUGAAGAAAUUGCCAAAAAGGCUAAAAGAGAUCUCUUGAAAACCAAUUUAGAGAAGGCAGAGCCUCUCCUGGAGAAGAGCAUCAAACAACUUGCAACGUCAAAAUCAAAGAAGGAAAAGUUGAAAAUACUGUCAGACAUGUUGGCUUCAAUAGACAGGGCAUGGUCACUUCCUUCAAUAGGCAGGGAUCUCGCAUACAAGUUGUGUGAUGUUUUGAGGAACUGUAAUGGCAUUGACCUAUUACUGACAUUUUUAUCGCCAGAGAAGCAAGAAGCUCAAGCUGGAUACGACACCAGUGUACUAGCUCAAAGUAUGACAGUUCCAAACAGAAAGUAUGUUGCUAAUUAUAAAAAUGGCCUUGACAUUAUUAUCUCUGUGGCAGACCGUUAUCGUGAUGACCCCGAUGUGACCAGAGCUGUGUUGGGAAUAUUGGAGUGCUUGUUCAAACACACCGAGGAGACCUGCACGAAGCUGAUAAACUGCGGUGGGUUGGAUGCCGUUUUGUACGCCUGUAGAUAUUUUGAUGUGUCAGUACUGAGACCCUGUGCUGUUGCCCUUGCAAAUCUGGCUCUCUACGGAGACGACAGCUGUCAGCAGUCCAUGAUCACAAAGAACGCACCUGAAUGGUUAUUUCCACUGGCGUUUUCAGAAGAUGAUGGCGUCAAGUAUUAUGCUUUUUUGGCAAUUGCUGCUCUGGGGGCCAAUAAAUCUCUGGAAGUUGCGGUGGCCAAGUCGGGGACUCUGCAUUUGGUUGAACCCUUUGUUAGAAUUAGAGACCCGGUAGAAUUUGGCACCAGUGACAGGGCUCACAUGCACGGACAUGCCGUCGACUGGUUGGCCAGAUUAGUACCAUUGUUGAGAAGCAAAAGAGUGGAAGUACAGAGUUUGGUAACGUUUCAUUUUGCAAUGGAGGCGGCCAUCAGGAAUAGGCAGGGAAGAUUAGAGAUCUUCAAAGAGUUGAACAUCAUUGAUACAAUGAAGGAGCUGUCAAAGAGUAACAUAAAGCUACCAGCCAAAUUCUCAAAUAAAUUUUUGGAGAUAAUAGGCGAGCAGCCGGUCAUGGUUCUGUCACCACAGAUCAUGCUAUGGAACACUGAUGACAUUUGUGUCUGGCUAACUGAGGUUACUAUUACUUUUCUACUUUUUUUUCAUUAUUAUUUGAUACAACGGUUCAAGCAAGAUAAGAUAGAUAUCGACCUCUUCCUCCAACUGAACGACGAAGACUUAAAAAACGACUACGGCAUAGAGAGAGCCAUUGAGAGAAAAAAGUUCCUCAGAGGGUUGACGAAACUGAAACAAACGGCAAGUUACGACUCAUCUGAAAUUGUGAUCUCGGCCAUCGAUGACUUCCUGAAAUCUCUAGGCCCGGAAUAUAGGCAGUACGUCUAUCAAAUGUCAAGGUCAGGGGUCGAAAGUUCAAUCCUGAGGUCACUGACUGAAGAGAAUUUGUUGAAGGAUUGCGGAGUGACUAAUGGGGUUCAUAGGCUGAGAAUUCUCGAAGCUGCUAAGAGUCUCAACUUGAACAGCUGCAGCAACAACAACGGCAACUACAGGCUCAUUGAGAAGUCGCUAGAUGUCUUCAUCAGUUAUAGGAGGUCAAAUGGAUCUCAGCUUGCUAGUUUGCUAAAAGUGCACCUGCAACUCAGAGGGUUUUCAGUGUUUUUGGAUAUUGAGAAGUUACCUGCCGGAAAGUUCGACGACAGUCUGAUCACGAGCAUUCAUUCGUCGAGGAAUUUCAUCCUUGUACUAACUCCCAACGCUCUCGAUCGAUGCAUCGGGGAUGUCGAUUGUAAAGAUUGGAUACAUAGGGAGAUAGUGGCUGCAAUGAACGGCGGUUGCAACAUAAUCCCCGUCAUUGACAACUUCGUCUUUCCAUCCGCCGAGUCACUCCCUGAGGAUAUCAAGAACAUUUCGUACUUCAAUGGAAUCAGAUGGAUACACGAUUAUCAAGACGCUUGCGUGGAUAAGUUAGAGCAGUUCAUCAACGGA